CGUCUCUGCUGACCCUUCUCUUCUCAUUUCAUCGACGGGAGAAAAUCCGAUAUCAUCUGAGGCUCCGGCAGUGGAAUUAAGAUGUCUACAGGAAUAUCCACAGAUCUCCUCGCUCAUUCUAGAGCUUUGAAUUUCUCCAGAACCUACAAAUCUGGUUUAAGCUAUCGAAAGGUGUCUGUCUCGAGAGUCGGGUAUGCUCAGAACAGGAAAUUGAGCUGCAGUGUUUCCAGCAAAGAGAAUGUAGCUCCUAAGGAUGAUGAAAGAGGAAAGGAUAGACCUUUGGUUAAGAUGUGUGGCAUCACAUCAGCCAGAGAUGCUGCUAUGGCAGUUGAGGCUGGUGCUGAUUUCAUCGGGAUGAUUGUAUGGCCGAAUUCAAAACGUUCCAUUUCUCUUUCUGUUGCAAAGGAUAUCUCCAAAGUGGCGAGGGAUGGUGGGGCCAAAUCUGUUGGUGUCUUUGUUGAUGAUGAUGAGAACACGAUAUUGCGAGCAGCUGAUGCCUCAGACCUUGAGCUUGUGCAGCUUCAUGGUAAUGGUUCGCGUGCUGCUUUCUCGAGGUUAGUACGUGAAAGGAGAGUCAUAUAUGUCCUUAAUGCAAAUGAGGAGGGAAAGCUCCUGAAUGAAGUUCCUGAAGAGGAUUGUCAUCUCGCUGAUUGGAUUCUUGUGGAUAGUGCAACGGGCGGGAGUGGGAAAGGAUUUAACUGGGCUCAGUUCAAGUUACCUUCCAUCAGAAGCAGAAAUGGGUGGCUCUUAGCUGGCGGAAUCAAUCCGACAAACUUGUCAGAAGCUCUUUCUAUCCUUCAACCUGAUGGAAUUGAUGUUAGCAGCGGUAUUUGCGGUACAGACGGUAUCCAGAAGGAUAAGUCUAAGAUAAGCUCCUUCAUAACUGCAGUUCGCUCUGUACACUACUAAUGGCAAGCAAUAUAAGCCAAGGUAAUUUAUCUUGUAACUAUAGUUUUGAGCAGCAACGUGUUGUUUCCAAUCUAUGUCAUUAAAGUUUUGAAUUGUAA